GAGUCUCUGAGCCUCUGCAGUGCAAUGUCCCGCCUGCUGCACGCUGAAGAGUGGGCAGAAGUGAAGGAGUUGGGGGACCACCAUCGCCAUCCCCAACUGCACCACCACCCGCAGCCUCCGCCGCCACAGCCACCUGCCACCCUACAACCGAGAGAACAACCCGUCUACCCGGCCGAACUGUCCCUUCUGGACAGCAACGAUCCACGCGCCUGGCUGGCUCCCACUUUGCAGGGCAUCUGCACGGCACGCGCCGCCCAGUACUUGCUGCAUUCCCCGGAGCUAGGUGCCUCGGAGGCAGCUGCUCCCCGGGAUGAGGCGGAUGCCCGGGGAGAAAUGGGGAGAAGGAGUGUCGGUGGCAGCGGGAACAGCAAGAGCCCCGGGCCAGUGAAAGUGCGAGAACAGCUGUGCAAGUUAAAAGGCGGGGUGGUGGUGGACGAGCUGGGCUGCAGCCGCCAGCGCGCCCCUUCCAGCAAACAGGUAAAUGGUGUGCAGAAGCAAAGGCGGUUGGCGGCCAACGCUAGGGAGCGGCGCAGGAUGCACGGGCUGAACCACGCCUUCGACCAGCUGCGCAACGUUAUCCCGUCCUUCAACAACGACAAGAAGCUGUCCAAGUACGAGACCCUGCAGAUGGCCCAGAUCUACAUCAACGCCUUGUCCGAGCUGUUGCAAACGCCCAGCGGCGGGGAGCAACAGCCACCGCCCUCUGCAUCUUGCAAGAACGACCACCACCACCUGCGCGCUGGCGCUUCCUACGAAGGUGGCGUAGGCACCGCAGCCGCAGCUGGGGCUCCGCAGACCUCUGGAGGACAGCGUCCGGCUCCGCCCGGGAGCUGCCGGACUCGUUUUUCGGCCCCGGCUUCUUCGGGAGGGUAUUCUGUGCAGCUGGACGCUCUGCAUUUCUCGGCUUUCGAAGAGAGUGCUCUGACGGCGAUGAUGGCGCAAAAGAACCUGUCUUCUUCGCUGCCCGGGAGCAUCCUGCAGCCGGUGCAGGAAGAAAGUAGCAAAACUUCUCCCAGGUCCCACAGAAGCGACGGGGAGUUUUCCCCCCACUCCCAUUACAGUGACUCGGAUGAGGCAAGUUAGGGAGGUGACAGGAACCCCGAAAAUGGAGACAGAAACAAACGACCCAUUCCCAUGAGCGGGAAGCAU